AUGUUUUCUGCUUGGUCUGCACAACGCAGCAUACAGCUGCUGCUGUUGCUCUUUACAUUUCUCGCCCUCACAUCCCUAACAGCGGCAUCCACACCAACGUCCUUCUGCAAAUGCACAUGUUUCUCCAAUAGCACUAUUAUUCCCCUGGACCCCGCCAAGUCGGAAACCUCCUCCGGCAUCGACCACGUCCUCCACUUUUACGAGCGCAACUUUGCCAGCUCAGAACUCGAGCACACCGAUGAAUAUCGCAAGCGAGCACAGACGUACCGGUCCCUAAGCUGCAAUGACUGCAAUCGCAAGUUCUGCCUAGACUACGAGCUACCGACAUGCAAAGGCGCUAAGGAAGACGACGUGUUCACCACCUGCUUUCAACGGGACUCCCGAAAGGACGAGGCAGUGGUGUUUAUCUUCAUUUUCGCAACGGCUGGGCUACUUGCUUGGGCAGCCUGCAAGCCAUGGAUUGAGCGAUACGUCGAGGCCGCACGAGAACGCAGGUCGUACAUCCCCGUUGCUGAGCCCGAUCAUUGA